GAGCCUGCGCGGCCCCGCGGCCUGGGGCCGCCCCCGGGAUAAAGGCGUGCCCGCGUAGGGGCAGGACCCCGGCCCAGGGCCUCUCAAAGGGCUUCGUUCUUGCUUUCUCCCCGGCAUGCUCUGCUUGUUUGACCAAAGAGCCCUCUCUCGAGUGGACUGAAGCCUGGGGAGGAGGCUAAGGGCUGCUGCUUGUCUGCCACCCUCUGCUCCUGGCCCCCUCCUCACUUCAUCCAUUACCAGAUUACCCCCCACCAAGGCUUUCUGUCUCACUGUCCUGUCUGGGCCGGUCCCUCACAACAUCUCACGACUGUGCCUCAAAGCCUACAUCAAUAAACGAAAACAGUCUGCACCACUGCGGGCGUGGCGCUCCGGGGACGCGAGAGGGUGUAGGAGUGCUUGCAUAGGGCCACCUCCGGGGCAAGUCAGGCUUCCCUGGACCCCCGGGCCAAGCCUCGCCUCCCACCUACACCCACUUCGGUCAAGGCACGGUGCUCUUGGCUGUGCUCGGACUUGUGUCUCUCCCUGGGGUUUACUGGAUAGCGUCUGGCGUGGGAAUCUGCCAAGAUGGGCUGUACCUUCAUCCUCAGCAUACCUCUUGGGGGUUGGGGGAGUGAGGAGGAUGGGAAGACAUAACGGCAUCUGAUGUGGAGGGCUGUAGGUUGAACUCUCCCCGCGCGAGACCCCCAUCACCAUUCCAAACGGGACCCUGCCCCUCCCCCUUCUUGGAGCGUGACCACCUCCUCCUUGCCCCGAGGCCUGUGGCGACUGGGCCCGUUGGGGGCAGAACCAUGGAGGAAAAGCCUUUGAAAGUAAAAACCCUUCCUGGGCCUCCUCACCCUGUCAGCCCCCAGACUCAUCCUAGGUCUCAGCCUUGGUUCAAGGAAGCUCCCAGCAAUCACUCCCUUUUCAUCCCCACCCACCUCGAAGGAGUCUCCGCCCUGGCUGGGCUCAGGAUCCCCGCCCCCUCCCCAAUUCCUCUCGACCCUUGGCUUCCUUCCUUUUAUGUGGCCCACAGGCCAAGUGUUUGGGCCGCCAUGUCUCAGGCAAGUCGAGUGAACCAGACAUACGGAAUCUGUGGACCACAGCUACGCUGUCGCAGCCGAAGCUGAACGUGCCGCUGCCCAGUGUCCCCGAGGACUCAGAACUGGAGGGCAGCAGCAUAAGCGGCAAGACUCACGGGUGGUACAAACAGAAGGCGGCCAGCCACUACUCUGACAGUAGCUGGAAAGAAAUGGAUGACAAAGACAGCUUCAAGCCAGAGCAGGAUGUGCACCGCAGGAGCUCCCUGGGAAACCAUAUAGAGGAAGGGGACGACGAUAUCAGUACCAAAGCGGAAAAGCCUUCCUCAGGGUCAUCGCUCAGUAUCUCGAAGCACACACCCCAUCGAGCCUACUGGGUGGAACAGCAGAAUAGGCUGCCCCUGCCCUUGACUGAACUCAUGGAGAAUGAAGCUCUGGAAAUCCUCACCAAAGCCCUCUGGAGCUACCGAUCGGGGAUUGGCCGGGACCACUUUCUGACCAAGCAGCUGCAGCGAUACAUCGAGCGGCUCCAGAGGCGCCAGAACAAGAGGCUGCAUGUCUCGGUGCACUGAGAGCACCGCCUCGGGCUCAAGUGACCGGCAGACUCCAGCCCUAGUCCCUGUCCCCUCCCCAGACCGCAGCCCAACCCUAUCCAUGUGGAGUUUGAGCCCAAGAGAAAUAAAGGAGUCUGUACGUGGUCCGUGAGUCAAUGCGUGGCUGCCCGCGUGAGGCGGACGCACGUGGCCCCACCCUUCCCUGUGACCUUCACUCGGUCACCGCAGUGACCUUGAGCGUUCUCCGUCCAGGCCCUAUCGGCUCCGCCUUCCCGGGACUGGAAAUCCAGGACUCCUUGAAUGUUUUAGGUCUGCUUCUUCCACCCCGAGUUCAGCAGCUUUGUGGGGAUAUUGGGUAUGCGGUCCAAAGUGCCAGUUGGUAUUAUCCUGGGGAAAGGGGGAAAAGAGAAAGGAG